AUGGGAUUUCCAAAUCUUCAACCAAUCUUGCAAAGCCUUCUGGAUUCAGGUAGAUAUUCAGACCUGACUAUAUCAUGCGAAGGACAGAAGUUCCAGGUACAUCGUGCGAUAGUCUGUUCCCAAUCACCAUUUUUUUACGCUGCAGUCAAGGGAGGGUUCAUGGAAGCUUCUCUAUCAUAUGUUGAUCUACUAGAUGAUGAGCUAGCAACUAUUCAACGGGGAUGUCUCUUCCUAUACCUUCAAGACUACGAAGACACAGAUGGCUCGCACUUUCAAAAUCGGAAGGGCGCUUCUGGUAAUGGUACGGAACCUCAUACAGCUAUGUGGAACAACCUCGGAGUGUUCAUGGCGGCCGACAAGUUUGACAUAUCGCGUCUGAAAUCCUUGCGAGAUCUCGAAUUAUGA